CUCGCGAUAGCUUUACUUCAGUGGCGGCUGUGUGGCCCCUCUGUCUUAGUCCGGACGGAGUUGUUUCUGACGUUUGAAUGAAAAACAGUGCAAAUUACCUCCACUUUGGACCCAAGAAAUAAUGGCUUCAGCCUUGGAGCAGUUUGUGAACAAUGUGCGGCAGCUCUCCGCUCAAGGCCAGAUGACUCAGCUGUGCGAGUUGAUCAACAAGAGUGGGGAGCUGCUGGCCAAAAAUCUGUCCCACCUGGACACAGUGCUGGGGGCCCUGGACAUCCAGGAGCACUCCCUCGGCGUGCUGGCUGUGCUAUUUGUGAAGUUCUCCAUGCCAAACAUCCCUGACUUUGAGACGCUCUUCUCCCAGGUCCAGCUCUUCAUCAGUACUUGCAACGGGGAGCACAUUAGAUAUGCAACCGACACUUUUGCUGGUCUUUGCCACCAGUUGACAAACGCCCUGGUGGAGCGGAAACAGCCACUGCGGGGCGUGGUCGUCCUGAAACAGGCCAUCGACAAAAUGCAGAUGAACACAAACCAACUUACCUCAGUUCAUGCCGACCUGUGUCAGCUGUGCUUGUUGGCGAAGUCUUUCAAGCCCGUCCUGCCCUUCUUGGAAUUGGACAUGAUGGACAUCUGCAAGGAGAACGGAGCGUACGAAGCAAAGCACUUUUUAUGUUACUACUACUACGGCGGCAUGAUCUACACGGGCCUCAAAAACUUUGAGAGGGCGUUGUACUUCUAUGAACAGGCGAUAACCACUCCGGCCAUGGCGGUGAGCCACAUCAUGCUGGAAGCCUACAAGAAAUACAUCCUGGUGUCGCUCAUCCUCCACGGGAAGGUGCAGCCGCUGCCCAAGUACACCUCGCAAAUAGUCGGGCGCUUCAUCAAGCCCUUGAGCAACGCGUACCACGAGCUGGCCCAGGUCUACACCACCAACAACCCGGCCGAGCUGCGCGGCGUCGUCAACAAACACACGGACGGCUUCACGAGGGACAGCAACGCGGGGCUCGUCAAGCAGUGCCUGUCCUCGCUCUACAAGAAGAACAUCCAGAGGCUCACCAAGACCUUUCUGACGCUGUCUUUGCAAGACAUGGCGAGUCGAGUGCAGCUGUCCGGCCCGCUGGAGGCCGAGAAAUACGUCUUACACAUGAUUGAAGAUGGCGAGAUCUACGCUAGCAUUAACCAAAAGGACGGCAUGGUUUGCUUCCACGACAACCCCGAAAAAUACAACAACCCAGCGAUGCUCCACAAAAUCGACCAAGAGAUGUUGAAAUGUAUAGAGCUGGACGAGAAACUAAAGUCCAUGGAUCAAGAAAUCACAGUAAACCCUCAAUUUGUGCAGAAGAGUAUGGGAUCGCAGGAGGACGAUGUCGGUAGCAAAACGUCAAGUUAUUCCUGAGGGGCCUCGGGGGGGCGGGGGGGAACCUGCAGACGCCCGACACGAGGAAAACACAAAACAAACAAUCAUUCUAUUGCAUAAGGACUUUGGUCAAGGAACAUCUAAGUGUGUGGAAUGAUGAUAAAUUUGGUUAUUCUUUCUUCACAGUGUCAACAAAUGGUCCUCACAGAGAGGAAAGAAAGCAAAAUCUCAAUUUUGUCAGUGUUUUAUUUAUCAAUGUUCAGGUUGGAGCGCCACUGCUUUCAUUUAACACAAACCACAAGAAUUAAAAUGUAAAGAAACAACAAAACAACUGGAUUUAUUUGUUCCAAACGUGUGUGUGAGUGACCUCCCUGUUUGUGUUGCUGCAUGAUGGCCGAGGAACACGCCCCACAUUCUGCACCUGUAAAGACUGAAGUGACGUGUCCCCCUCACACCUGGUGGGUAGAAUGUAGAACUGCAACCCCGUACACAUGGACACGCCCUGGACCGGCACAACGGAGGAGGGGUCGACCUGCUUUUCUCCUUCUUUUCCCUUUCAUUUUUUUGGGGGGAGGGGGUUGCUUUUUUUUAGGUUGGAUCCACUAGAGGUCGCUAGAGCACUGUAUAGAAAACCGAUUUGACAGCUUGUUAUGACAAGAGGUGAACCGUCAACAGAUGGAACCAAACUGUCGUGAUGUCUGGGAGCUUGAGCCUUGCGAUUGUGGAUCUGUUAAUAAUAAAUUGUUUAAGAAUAUA